AUGACGCCUCUGUUGGUGACUCUGUGCCCUAUGACAGAGGGUUAUUCAGUGUUACCUCCGUUCCAGGAGUCCCAGCAGGACAUGGACGGGGAGUCAAGGCAUUCAGAACAUCACCAACAGCCCAUGACACCGAGCCAGUUCCAAGACUGGCGGAGUAGUCUAGGCAAGAGUUCAGCACCAGACCAGGAUAGACUGAACCUGCCAGGUCUUGACCAGGGUUCAGCACAAGACAAGGGAACACUGCCAGGUCUUGACCAGGGUCCAGCACAAGACAAGGGAACACUGCCAGGUCUUGACCAGGGUCUAGCACAAGACAAGGGAACACUGCCGGGUCUUGACCAGGGUCCAGCACAAGACAAGGGAACACUGCCGGGUCUUGACCCGGGUUUAGUGCAGGAUGAGGAAACACUGCAUGUUUUUAACCAGGGACCAGCACAAGACCAGGCGAGUCGGAAUUACUUCCAUCAAGUCCAGGAUCAGGAUCGUUCACUAGGCUCCAAUAAAUGCACAACGGAAGAACAGGAUUCUUCCAUAAAGGUCUCAGUCCAGGAUGAGGAUCCACCAGGGAACCAGGACUAUCAAUGUAAUUUAGACCUGGAGCAAUGCACAGCUCAUAGCGCAGACCAGUGUGAAAACAGGCUGAGUGGUGUGAACCAGGAUCCAGUAUAUCUUGGUCCCGCACAAGACCACAGCAGCCCUCAUGACAUCCCCAUUCUGGUAUCAGCUGGGAACCAGAACCAAACACAGGACUUAAACCAUGAUCUAGCUGGUGUAAUGGAUCUACCACACUGCACAGAUCCAAAUCCAACCCCAAAACAUGACCAACAGAAACUGCUUGGAUCAGACCAGGAGCAGGCCCUAGUGGACCCAGAUAGACGACUUAAACCAAACCAGGACCACACCACAGAUGAGGCUUGUGGGGAAGAUGUGGCAGGGGAAGAAGGCGGCUGUAUCCCAGCGGUGGUGAUCACCCAGACAGAAGGGAGCCGGGGGCCAGUGGUGAAUCAAGGUGGAGAGACAGCGCCAGAGGUAACUGAGAGAGUGGAGGCUGGACCCCUGUGGCCACAGACACCAGCAGAGAGGCCAGAUAUACCAACAGGACCAGAGAGACCACAAAAACUAGCAAUCGCAGCCAUGAUUCCAGUGACCAAUUUAGACCUCAGCCCCAGCCCUCUCAGUGCAGACCUCAGUCCCAGCCUCAUCGAAGGGGGAGACCUACUGGCCUGCUGUGAUCUGCUGUCCCUGAAGAGUGACACUGUGUCCCUGGCCAGGGUUAAAUCCUGCAACUAG